AUGGACCGGAUUCACGGGCUUGCCGACUCCGCCAGAGACUUCAUCUAUGGAAAUCGACCUUUUAAGGGAGGGGCCGAUAUCAGUUACUUCGCCCAUGAACAAAGGCUUAGGAAAGAGCCCAGUCUUACGCAACCCGGGCUUACCCUUCUCUUCCCCAUGGACGAAAAUGCCUACCCGGAAAACCCCAAAUUUGAUACUCGCUUCGAUGGAGGUACACUUUCCAUGACCAUGCGUCCAGCGACAAGGGCGAAGCGCCUCGCCACCUGGCAGGCGGAGAUGGAAUUUUACGUCAAAGACAUGGCUUCUCUCAUGUUGAACGGCCUGCACUGGUCCGAGGCCAACGUGGAGAAGGCGGGCGGGUGCAUCUUGGUUCCGUCAGACAAGAUGCCCAACUUACCACGAUCCCUGGGUUGGUUGUUUGGUCGCCGCUACGUGCUUAAGGACCUGGGUGACGACCCCAAAUGGAGGGCCACGCUGUGGUUCUAUGGACGGGACUGUGCUGAGCUGUCACGGAUGAAGCUUGAUGACCUCUCUGUUGAAUUAAUCCAGCGUGCGAAGGCUACUGCUCCGGGUCUAGGCGAGGUCUAUAAGUUUGACCUGGUUCAAGGGAACAAGUACAAUUCGAACGAGUUAUAUGGGUGCAGGCCGCUGGAAGGUUGGUGGCCAUGGCCGAAGGAAGAGCAAGCCAAACCAUUGGAUUUUGACUGUGAAGCUAUCGUGGAAUGA